CAAACAUAAUAAACAGCUAAUUGUAUUUGUUCUACUUAAUUCUCGUCUCGUUUUAGGACAACAAUUGAAGACAGCGGACAAAUUGCAUUCUCGCUUUAGCUAACCGAACGCCAGGAGCAAAUACCCGCACCACAAAUGCAAAAUGAAUUCGGACCAAACAAUGCAGAUGCCAUCUGGGCCGCCGCCUCCCUCGCAGAGAGUUACAUGCGGCGAGUUCAGCGGGGACAGGGAGAGCUAUGGGGCUGCCGCGAGUCUGGGAUUUGGCGGCAUACCGACAUCGUCCACCAGCAGUUACGGUUCGUUUGGCGUACUCUCCAGCUUAUCCAGUGGUGGGGCAGGUACGCCCACGUUACCGCUGCUGUUGACCACGCCGUCAUCGACAAGCACGUUUAAGACAACGCCGAUUUCAAUGCCAACAUCGACGCCUUCGCCAUCAUCGUUGAUUCCGAUCCCGAUGUCGACGCCCGCGCCCUCCCCUCUGAUCCCAAUGACGAAUCCGACAACGACAACCACACCGCCGCCGUCGACGCUGCUGCCCAUGUCGAUGUCCAUGUCGCUGACGACGCCAACCCAGCUGCCGACACAGCUGCUGCCAAUGCCAACGCUGGAGGACAUUGAAGUAGCUACACAGCAGCAGCCGCCGGCGCCGCCGCAGUCGCAGCCAACCGGCAUACUAAAAUACCCAACAGCAUCGAGCAUUGGCUACGUCAGCGAACUGUUGCCGCCGCCAGCUCCAGCCCUGGCCAGCAGCGCCAGCAGCUCCAUUAACAGCAACUGCGGCACACUGAAGAGCAACGCCAAGCUGCUGCCGCUUCAACUGGUCGCCAAUGCGGCACCCACACGCAAGGAGCCGCCAUCGAGCGUGCCCACAGCGCAGUCACAGCAGCAGCAGCAGCGCCAGCGGCGGCAGGGCUGGUGCGCCUGCUUUGGGUCCGGGCCGAGUGCAUCGGAGGCCAAAACGCCACACGGCUACGGCUCCAAGUCCAAGAAACGCAAACAAACGGCCCAAACUGUUUGGUCUGCCCUCCUCACAAAUCUGGGCAUUUGCAUGCUCCUUUUGGCCUACACAUUGCUGGGCUCCUUCAUAUUCCUAACCAUCGAGAAUGAGGACUCGGCGCUGCUGCAUCAACAGCAUACGCUGGCAUCCACCAAGCGCAACAUGGCCGGCAAUAGCCACAGCAACACCAAUGGGAACGGCAAUGGCAUCUAUCAACAGCAAAGGUCGCCACAGACGCAGCCACAACAGCAGCGGCAGCAGCAAGGGCAACAGCAAGGACCUCACACGGACAAUGACACGAUGGCCGCUGCAAUUGCCCAGGGCCAGGAUCUGGGCCAUGAGCGUAGCGUCUAUGGGCAGGCAUCGAAUGACUUUGUUUAUGGAUUGGAUGACUCCGACAUGGAAGCGGGGCAGACACAGUUUGCCUUAUCGCCGGAUACUUAUGAUGUACGACAGCGCACCAUUGAGAAUAUCUGGGACAUAACCGUGUCCCUAAACAUACUCUACAAGGAGAACUGGACAAAAUUAGCCGCACUUGAAAUUGCCAAGUUUCAAGACCAAUUAAUCAAGAGACUGAACGAGGAUGUUAUGCUGCAAUUAUCACACGACGAUGUGGCUGGCGGACAUUCGGUUGCUGGCGGUGCUGCUAGUGGUGCUGGUUCAGCUGGUUCAGCUGGUGGUUCAGCCAACAAUCCGGCCACGGAAGCAGUCCUUCUGCACACACACUUUCAUCAUCAUCGUCUUGCCGGCGGUGGCGUGGGUGGACCACCACAUGAAUGGAAUUUCGCCAAAGCGUUUUUGUAUUCGCUGACCGUUUUGACCACAAUUGGCUAUGGCAACAUCGCACCCCGUACUGCGCUUGGAAGAAUCGUAACCCUGGCCUAUGCCUUCUUUGGAAUACCCCUAACGCUGGUCUACCUUAGCAGCACAGGCAGCAUUCUGGCCAAAGUGGCACGCGAGGUGUUCUCGAAGGCGCUGUGCUGCUGCCUGUGCUCCAACUGCGGCUACUGCUGCUACGACGAGAAGCGGAUGGCGGAGAAGGAGCGACGCAUGAAGCGGAAGCGGCAGCAGGAGGAGCUGCGCAAGCAGCAGGCGGUCAUGCAGGAGCCCUACUAUGUGCGCGAUGUGUAUCAUGCCACGCCCGAGAAGCAAGCUGGCGGCGUAGCUGGUGGAGCUGGCGGCGGAGUUGGAGGAUCCGGCGCUGCCGGGGUCGGAGGCACUGGCGCAACCACUGGCGUACCCGGCCUGGGCAUGCCGCCGGCACCGCCGUCGGGCGGUGUAUCUGGCGCGGACAUUGAUUCGCUGAGCGCCAGCGAGUCGCGUGGCUCCAUGCACGGCCUGAGCAUAUUGGCGCCCAUUCUGCUCUGCUUCUCCAUGAUGAUCAUCUACAUAGUCUUUGGGGCAGCGGUUCUGUAUCGCCUGGAGAAUUGGCCAAUUAUCGAUGGCAUCUAUUUCUGCUUCAUGAGCCUCUCGACCAUUGGAUUUGGCGAUAUGCUGCCUGGUCUAAGGCGCGAUUCGAAUGCCACCACCUGGUUCUGUUCGGUGUACAUUAUGUCCGGCAUGACCCUGACGGCCAUGUGCUUCAAUGUUAUCCACGAGGAGAUUGUCCAUCGCAUACGCAUUGUGGUGGAGUUCAAGAAGGCGGGCGCUGCCACUGCUGCCGCCACCGGCGGCUCCAUGUUGGAUGUCACACACGAGGAGGGCAAUCAGUACUAUGUGCCCGCAUCCUGACACUACGAGAAACGCGGACAUCUCUAUCAGCGCAAUCCCACCGAGGAGACACUGGUGACAGACACGCCCACAUCGCUGGUGAUCAAGGACUAUGUUAACCACGAGCUGGUGCCCAUUUUGACCAUGGAUCCGAAUGGCUCACGUCUGGGCCUGGCACAGCCAGCGCCCGUUUAUACGCCCGCGACCAACACGAAUCCAACUGAAGCCGCCGGCGAGAGCAGCGCCCUGGGCUACUCAACGCUCAGCAGUCCGCUGCUCGAAGGACUCACAGCGAGUGGAAGCGGGGGCGGAGGCGGAGGCGUCCCAUCGCAGAUCAAAGCCGGCGUCUACACGCUGGCCGAGGAGACGGAGCUCGAGCUGCAGGCCGUGCACACGGACACGCACGUGGAACGCGUCUAGAGCUGAGCAGCAGGACAUUAUUAGGUCGUAGGUCACUUAGAAUUAGUCCACAGUCAGUUUAAUGUGUAAAAUUUUUUUUUGUGGGCAAUGCCCGGAUAAAAACCAGAAACCAAAAGCCUAGCCCUAAGUUUGACUAUCAUUGUAUAUAAAAAACAAAAAGAAAGUAGAAAAAGAAAAAGAGAACACAUAAAAUAUGAGACAGAAAGAGAAAGAGAGAGCGCGCUUCAGCAGGAGCGAGGCGAAAGGAUACAUUUCCGUAGUUCGUAAGCAAAAUAACUAAAUGUUGGACA